GCGGAACGGCGGAACGGGACCAUUUCGGUACGUCGCGGAAGAAUGCGUAGCCAUUGUUGGUGCUGCGAUCGUUAGUUUAGAUCCGAGAUCGUCAUGGGCACGGGUAGGCGCGCGAAUCCGUGAGGCUCCUGCGGAAGCGUCGACGGUGCGCGACACGGGCCACCUGAAAACGUGCAUCGAGCCCCGCACAUCGAGGACGUCGCGCGCGCGUGAACCGCGUAAGUCUGGGACUAGUUCAGUUGCGGUCGCGUCUCCGCGUUUCUCGCCUCCGCGUAUGCGGGCGAACCGAGCGCUCGCCGCGCUCGCACGAGUGAGAGUGAGUGAGUGAUAUCGCGGUGGGGCACUGCUCGCGCGGCGGCCAUAACACCGACCCGACCGACCAACCAAACUACCAAAGCGGAGCGAGGGAGAAAGCGUAGUGUGCGAGUGCCCGGGGCCGUGGUGGUAGUGUUUUUCGUUUGAGAGUAUCCCCGUGGAAAAAGCGGACCGCCGUCGCGAUCAGAUGUUGCUAAUGUCGCGAGUCGUGCCUGGAGGUACGGAGGCUUACAGCGGUAUACAGGGCUGACAUUCGAAGUACUACCAUUCGGUAGGCUCGAGUAGUGUUAUGCCUCCUCGGCACCAAUCUCCCCGGUUGCAGCACAAUCGUCUUGGCAAGCAAUUAAUGAGCUGCCACGCUCAAUUCAGAAUAUAUACUUGCCAUCUCAAUUGUUGAUGAAGCCUCAUAGCGUCAAGCAUCAACGUAAGGCAGUUACCUGCUGCGUAGCAUUUAUGUAUCAUAUAUGUCGGAAAGAAACGAAGUCAAUAUGCAGCAGGUGGACACCAUCUCGCAGAACAAUUCUUUAGAUGUGGAGGAGCGAGAAAGGCUGUGUAAUAUACCGAAGACGAGCACACCUGGUAGAACUUCAACCGCGCCAGCGAGUCCUGCUCAGGAACCACCUCCCCGCGAUGAACCACCUUUGGAACCGGUAAACGGCAUCGUGCAGCCACCGGUCGUUUCACCGCCGAAUCGUCCAGGGCGCUUGACGAACCAGUUGCAAUUCCUGCAAAAGGGCGUCUUGAAGCCAGUAUGGAAGCACCAAUUUGCCUGGCCUUUCCAGCAACCUGUCGAUGCGAAGAAACUCAAUCUACCAGAUUAUCACAAAAUCAUCAAAAAACCGAUGGAUUUGGGUACUAUCAAAAAGAGAUUGGAGAACGUAUAUUAUUGGAGUGGGAAAGAAUGUAUUCAGGACUUCAAUACCAUGUUUACCAACUGCUAUGUCUACAACAAGCCUGGGGAGGAUGUUGUAGUUAUGGCACAAACUCUGGAAAAAGUGUUUCUUACGAAGGUUGCACAAAUGCCGAAGGAGGAGGUGGAGCUAGAGCCACCUGUUCCGAAAGGGCCGAAAGGCAAGAAAGCUGGACGAGUCGGUGGACCAAGUGGAGUAGCGGGAAGUACCAGCGGAGCAGGUAGAGGACGACCUGCCUCUGGUGCGGCUACAGUUACUUCCAGCGUGCCGAAUAGCUUAACACCAUCCGCGACAUCAGCUGGAACGACCGGUGUCAUACCCAUGCCGCCUCUUGGUACCCAAGCACCGGUUUCAGUACCUGGAAGCACAAACACGACCACCAUCGCCCCGCCGCCGAGCGCCGCCGCCAUGGGCGUUACGGCGAUGGCCACCCACAACUCCCUGCCCCAGCAGGUUGUUCCGCCGACCACGGGUUACCACGCUCAACCGGCGAUGGAUCCGCAAGCGGCACCAGCCGUGCCGCCAUCGCCGCAAGUCCCCACGACGCCCGCCGUAAUGCCACCCUCGCAACCUGCCAAACUCAAAAAGGGAGUGAAGAGAAAGGCUGAUACAACUACCCCCACCGCGAACGCGUUCGAUCCACUGUACGCGCCUCUGGACACCAAGAAUGCCAAAAUACCCACGAGAAGAGAAUCCGGCAGACAAAUUAAGAAGCCAACGAGGCAAGCGGAAGACGGCUUAGUGCCAUACCAUCAGGCCAAUAUGCCUCUAAUGGGGGCAAUGGCCCAACAGCCUCAGCACGCUGGAGUUAAGGGGAAAGAAAAAUUGUCCGACGCACUCAAGUCUUGCAAUGAUAUCCUCAAGGAACUUUUUGCCAAAAAACAUUCGUCCUAUGCGUGGCCCUUUUACAAACCUGUUGAUGCAGAGCUGCUAGGCCUUCACGAUUAUCACGAGAUUAUCAAGAAACCGAUGGAUCUUGGUACCGUUAAGUCGAAAAUGGAUAAUCGUCAAUAUAAAACUGCACAAGAAUUUGCGAGCGACGUACGACUCAUAUUCACCAAUUGCUACAAGUAUAAUCCUCCCGAUCAUGAUGUCGUCUCCAUGGCCAGAAAACUUCAAGAUAUAUUUGAAAUGAGGUACGCGAAAAUCCCGGACGAGCCGAUGGGUAGCAGUAUGGUAGCUAUGAAGUGCAGUAGCGGCAGCGGGAGUGCCAGCAGCUCUGGAGGAGAGAGUUCCUCAGAUAGUGAUGACUCUGUCGAGGAGCGUACCCAAAAACUACUUGCUCUGCAACAGGAGUUGAAGGCCAUGCAGGAGCAAAUGAGAAAGUUGGUGGAGGAGAGCGGUAAGAAGAAAAGCAAGAAGAAGAAACUGGACAAGCCAAAAUCAAAGCCAAUGAGCAAUAAGAAUAGUAGCCUUGUUGGCAGUCAUACUGGUGCCAUGAAAGAACUUAUGAAACCGAGCGGCGGUAUUCCCAAUGUGUCCGAUAGCGUUGGUGCCAGUAUAGCUAGUGUCGCGAUGGGCGCGGGUGACUUGAAGAUGCCCGGCGGUAUGGGCAGCGAUCUCCAUCAUCAGGCCGCCGCGGUAGGACCUAACAAGACACACGGCGCGGCAGGCUUGGGCCACCAUCUGCCGACAGCGCCGAACGCUAAGCCGAAAGGUAAGGGCCGGGGACCUGGAAAAGCCGCCGCCGCCGCGACCACCGGCACCAAGAGGCCAAAGGCUAACAGCAGAUCCGCCGGAAACAAGAAGAAGAACACCGGUAGCCAACCACCUCCGAUAACGUUCGAUUCAGAGGACGAAGAUAAUGCUAAACCCAUGUCUUACGAUGAAAAGAGACAGCUCAGCCUGGACAUUAAUAAGCUACCAGGUGAUAAAUUAGGUCGCGUUGUACACAUAAUACAAUCCCGAGAGCCUUCGCUGAGGGAUUCGAAUCCGGACGAGAUUGAGAUCGACUUCGAGACCCUGAAGCCAUCGACACUCAGAGAACUGGAGAGCUACGUUGCAUCAUGUCUUAGAAAAAAGCCACAUAAAAAAGUUAGUGGUAAAUCCAAGGACGAGCAGAUGGCUGAGAAAAAGCAAGAGCUCGAGAAGAGAUUGCAGGACGUGACUGGGCAGUUGGGCAACGUCAAGAAAGCUGCCAAGAAAGAAGACAGUAGUAAAUCGGUUGACGUAGUCGGAACUGGUGGAGCCGGUGGACCUUCACGAUUGUCUGCGUCGAGCAGUAGUAGCAGCGACAGCGACUCCAGCAGUAGUUCUCUUUCUUCGAGCUCCAGUGAUUCAAGCGACAGUGAAGCAGGAAACUCGAAUCGUCCUCAUAGAAAGAAACCAAGAAAAAACCCACCAAGUACAGGGCCCUCUACAACGAAUACUAGCGUACCAUCGGCACCUACCUUGAAUCAUACUGGAGCUCUCUUAAUGAACAAUCAGCCACCAGCAAAUACUGCGGGACCAAUAACAAAGCCACCUGUAACUCAACCGAGCAAUAUUCCUUCGGAGCAAGGAAACAAUAAUAAUCAGCCUGUCGCGGUGGCUGCCGUAACUGCUGGGCAAGGCAUGCCUGUCGCGAGUCACGCGUCUAUGCCGGCGCAACCGUCACGACCCACAGCCAUGGCUACGGCCGCUCCUGUAAAAAAACCAACACCGCCACCACCGACAACAUCUAAUCCAUCGACCCCGUCGGUUUCCGUACCAACUCCACCGCCUAGCGUAACGCCUACAAAUACAAAUCCUAUGACAGCCUCGCCAGCUGUAUCCCAGCAACCGCCGCAACAACCGCCGACGUCCAUUAGUUCCUUUCCCAAUGCAAACACCCCCGUAUCCACAGAUGGAACAAAUCUGAACCAACAAUCUGACCUUUUACAACCAUAUAAUACUCUAGCUUCCGUGCCCACCACGCAGCCCUCCCUCGAUCAAACGCUCGCGAUCAAGAAGGAACCGCCGUUCAUCCCGGCGCCGCACGCGACCAACAACACCAACAACAACACCAGCUUGAACCUGCUGCCGGACGUGAAGCCGGUCAACAUGAUGCCAGCGAGUAUGGCGUCCAACUUGAACCUCGGCAACCUCAAUAUGGCCAAUCUAAACAUGAACUUGCCGCAAGGACUGGCUGCCCACAUGUCCAUGCACAAUCAGCUGGAGAACAUGAUCAACACCACCGCGCCACUGACCAACAUACAGAACUCGCACAACGUCACCAUGUCGCAGCAGCAUUCUAACGGAUUCCCGAACGCGAAGCGCAGCAACUCACCGCCCAAUAUGCUCAACAACAACGGCAUACCCGGAUUGAACAUGGGAAUGAAUAUGGGCGGCAUGAGUUCGAUAUUCGAUCCCCUCCCUAUAGUCUCGAUGCCGAUGCAAAUCUCUCAGCUUCCCAUAAAGAAGGAAGAGAAACCCUUGCAAAUCUCUCAACCCCAACUGGCGCAGAAGCCCAUGGAUGCAGGAGCUUUUUUUACAGAGAUGAAUACUUUAGCAAUGCCGCCGAUGGGUAAUCACGCCAGUUCGCAAUUAGUGCCCGAGAAGAAGAUGACUCCACCCGACGCGAAAACGCCUGCUGCAAAUUUUGCGUCUGCCUUCAAGAAUAAGACGGUAGAGCAAAACGUGAAGAACGCAUCGUCCUGGUGUUCCCUGGCGCAAGCGUCUAGUCCUCAGUCGGCAGCUGCGGGCAGUAGUAUGAAAAGCGCGGCGCGGGACUCGUUCCAGGCGUUCAAGAAGCAAGCCAAGGAAAAACAAGAUCGGCAAAGAGCGCUCAUGGAGCAGCAGGAGAUGCGCAGACAACAGAAGGAGCAAGCCGAGCGGGAGAGACUGCGACAGGAGAACGAAAGAAGGAGAGAACGUGAGGAGGAAGAUGCUUUGGACAAGGUUCGGAAAAACGUCGGGGACCAGCAAGGCAACGUCAUGACUGCCACAACGAGAGCGGAAGAAGUGAAGGCGAUUGCUGACACAGACAGCAGUAGUCCGAGUCAUUCGUCCAGUCAGGACAAGUCUGGUGCGGAGAGAGAGCGUCAGAGGCUACGGGAACAGGAACGUCGUCGACGGGAAGCGAUGGCUGGCCAAAUUGACAUGAACAUGCAAAGUGAUUUGAUGGCUGCAUUUGAGGAAUCUUUAUAAUGCCACUGCUUACUAUUCGUAAUAUAUCGACUAAAAACAGAGCCCGACUUCGACGUAUGUGUAGGGACGUUGGAUGAUGUAGCAAUUUUUACGAUUAUUGGUAAAAUAAACAUUUUCGUCAACUAAUAACGAGGUCGAGAGAUGAUAAAUGACGACAACGUUGGCGAUUGGUGAUAUACUAGUUAUGAAAUGGUGGUGUAGAGUUGGGACAUUCCAACGAGAAAAUAAAGCAAACUCGUCCGAAGAGAAACGUUGAACAACACAGGAACAUUAUUGAAAUAUUAUUCGAAACACUAAACUGAGAUACACACUGUGCUGUCUCGCUUAGACGACGGACAUCUAAGUGUGACCAUGUAAUUAGGUAAAUACCUCUAUGAUACUUCAAAACUGCAAAACUAAUUGUGUUACAUUUUUCCGGUUUUCAUAAGUUUGUACUUUAUGUAAAUUUGGAAACAAAACACAAAAUACUACAUAAUAGAUAAGUGAAGAAGGUUUGCGUUUAAGUAACGCAAUGAUGUGUGAAUGUGCGUGUGAGAUAUUAAGUGCGAAUGUGCGCAUAGCGAGUAGUCAAAGUCGUGUACAUUUAGUUAAGUUUUAUAUUUUUCCACAUUCAGUCAUUAAUCGUUGGUAGGAUUACAUAGUACGAUGUUUCUAUCCAUAAUUAGCUAUUAAUCAUUUCUUUGCAAACUUUUCUUCUCGAUAUACACCGUUUGUAAUCACGAGAAUAACUUAGGCUUACAUCAAGUGAGUACACUGCAAAAGAAAUGUAACGUGAACAUUCUACCAACCUUGGUGAACUUGACAAUGAUUAUCGUAGCUGGCCCACCGACCUCGCUCGUGGCUUCACUGAUAACUGAAUAUAUCCGUGUAUGUACUUCGUUCAUGUAACAUCUCGAACGGUUAUCCCCACGAGUCGCUACGAGCCAGCCAGUCGAUUCAAAGCUAAUCGUAAACCUUAGAACAAUGUCGUCAAUUAUUACGAAUAACGAUAAGAUGAUUCUAGAGUUGAAGUAGUUUCGAUCCUACCAACUAUUAGGUCAGACUAUCCAAUUCUUUGUAUACUUUUGGCUCGUGAAAAAAAAAAGAAAUAAUUAUCGCGCCGAUAUCGAGCCACGAAAAAGGUGUGUUUGUUAGCAAGAAGAUUAUAUUUAUUCGGUUGAUAGUGUACGGCAUUGAAAUAAAAAGUUAAUCUUUACGGCAUAGAAAAUUUUCAGACUGGAACUCAUUUUUCCGUGUCCUCCAAUUUCAAGUACUGUGCGAGCGAGCAGGCACUAUAUAGUUGAUCGUUUACCGAGCAGAUUACCCGCGAGGAUACGUUCCUCUUUCAAAUAAGAGGAAUAACGACGAAUGGGAGAAACGUUUCUUCGUGUUACAUAUGCUUUCGUAUCAGUGACGAUAUUGUCGAUCCUAGCAGUUUAUAUUAUAUUUUUAUAUCGAAACGAAAGAUUGCAGCAGCGUGUUCUAACAUUGCUAGGAUUCGUAUCGACGAUCAAGAGAAAACAAGAUCGCGGCUUAUAUGAAAGCACGUACAACAUCCAAGAAUAGCAAAAAGAUCUUCCUGUCCAUAGAGCACUCUUUCCGAUUAGUUUCCGACGCGUAUAAUAACGGAGAUAGGAUUGCGAAAAGGGUAACAUCAAUAUUCGAGAGUGACUUCUUUGUGUCGGUAAUACGUUUCUUCGUAAUUCUCCUGUUUCGGUAGUUUGAUACUCGAGAGAGAACUCGAUCGGUUAACGCUCGCGCGCGUGAAAGAUACUACGAAUUUAUGAGAAUAAUUGAAAAUAAAAUAAUUGAAAAAAAACCUAGAAAUAGUAGAUAUAAUAAAUUAAGAUUAUAUGUAUUAGAUAUAAUUCAUCGCGUAAUAACGUUCGGUGUGUUAUUAUAACUGAUAUUUCUUGGAGAUCGAAAUAUUCUCAAAAAAUUAAUUUCUUUAUAUGAUUGAUUAAUUGAGUGAUAUGAUGAUCAACAGCAAUGAUGAGUAGUGUGAAAAAGAACUGACUUGUUCACAAAUCGCUAUUUUUUAUAUUUUUUUUGUCGAUUAAAUGUCUUAUUUUUCUUCUUUUUACGCUGAAGUUCAUUUGAUUCCCGGUAAUUUGGCGGUAUCAUUGCGGUUCUGAUCAUUCAAUUAGUCGCUUUCAUUUGCGCGCUCGCAACAUGUUAAACUGAACUAAACUCGAGAUCGAUGUGUCCAGGGUUCGAAAAAUUUCAACUCGGAAAAUUUCCUAUGCCCUCUUUCUAUAUUGAUAUCCCAUACGUCAAAAAUUCUUAUCUGGGAAAUGUCCUACGCAAAAUUUCCUGGUAAAGAUUUAUCUUUGUGUGUUAUCUUUUUAUCCGUAUAGUGUGAAUAUUCGGGAAUGGGAUCCGAGAAAUGCAAUAACAAAAUAAUGAGUUUUAUACUCUUUCAAAAAAAAAUUUUGAUUUUAUUUGUUUCGUAGUGUGUAUACAUUUAGUGACCAAUCAUGUGUCUUUAGACGUGAUGAAAGUCAUCCGAAGUAAGAGAAAGAGAAAAAAAAGGAUAUUGCGCCACGCGGAUAAUGUGCUAACGCGUUUUGGCCGAAUAUGCGAAUCCUAAAAAUGUAAUAACAAAAAA